UGGACGAGGCGAGCAACCGUUUCAAAAAUCAGGAGGUGACUACAAAUUCUGAAAAUUUUGAAGUGGACUCGAUAACCAAAGAAAUGGGGAGCAUGCAAGUUCCGAAGAUUUAUUACGGCUCGCGGACGCACAAGCAAAUCGAGCAAGUUAUCAGGGAAUUCAAGAAAACUGCCUAUAGCGACAAACCAAUGACGAUAUUAAGCAGCAGAGAGCAUACCUGCAUACAAAACUGUCCACAGGGUAAAAGCAAAACGCAACUGUGCAACGAUUUGCACGAUGUGACAAAGAAUACCACGGGAAGGUGCAACUACAACACGGACAAGUCCAAAUAUACGAUGUCGCACGAGGUCAUGUACGCGCAAGGACUCGAGACACCUUGGGAUAUCGAAGACUUGGUUUUAUUUGGAAAGGAAAAGAAUGCUUGCCCGUACUUUGGUGCCAGAGGAUUGAUGCCCCACUCGGACAUUAUUUUCUGCCCUUACAAUUACCUCCUUGAUCCCAUCAUCAGGGACACCAUGCAGUUGACAUUGAAAAACGACAUUGUUAUUAUCGACGAAGCUCAUAACAUCGAGAGUAUAUGCAGAGACGUGUCUAGUGCUGAUUUCCGCGAGGAUAAUAUCGGCGAAGCUAUAGAGGAUUGUAAAUACAACUUCAAUCAAACGAACGACAGCGCUACAUAUGAGUGUAUUAAACAAUAUCUCGAAGACAUGGCCAAAUUAAUUUGCGAUCAAAUACUGCCAACGCCCGAAAAUGUGAACGCCGAAGUGACCAGUGAGUGUUGGACAGGAGAUCAAACCUGGUCGAUGUUCAAGAUCAAUGGUUUAGCAGAAAAACGGUUUCAAGAAUUCUGUUUAGCCAGCAGUAACGCUAUCAGCAUUUAUAACCAGAUGAAGGAAGAUCAGCAAACUGGUGUUGAUCGAGAUAAGGAAAAUACGUCAGCUAACGAUAUGAAGAAACAGAAAAAGAAGCCCGCCAUUACUUUUGUCACCAAGAGACUAUUGGAAGAGCUGGUUAUGGCUUUAAAUCUCAUCCAGAAUCCGACUUUCUGCAAGGAUUAUCGCUGCACAAUUUCCCAAAACUUCCAUUGGGAUGCUAAACAUAAGGUGGAGAACAAUAGUUGGAUACCAGCUCAAGGUGGCCAGCGGCUUCGCAGUCUCAAAUUCAUGUGCAUGAAUUCAGCUAUCAUUUUUGGGCAAAUGGCAAAAAAUACACGUUGCGUCAUCCUCGCUUCUGGUACUCUCUCGCCAACAUCUACUUUCGAAAGUGAACUUGGCACCAAAUUCAUUCACAAGCUCUCAGCUAAUCACGUGGUGCCCAAGGAACAAGUCUAUGUCAGAGGUAUACCUCGUGGACCCAAGGGUACUAUACUCAAGGCAACUUACAACAACGUGCAGGCAUUGCCCUUCAAGGACGAUUUAGGACAAUUGGUGCUGGAAGUAUGUCAAGCUGUACCACAUGGAGUGCUUUGCUUCUUUUCAUCGUAUACGAUGAUGGAUAAUCAAACGCAGCGCUGGAAAGAGACGGGUACCUGGAAUGAAAUUGAACGCUGCAAGCACAUCGUUACAGAGCCACGAAGAAACAAUGAUUUAGAUGAAAUUAUGUCUGAAUUUCGCGAGGUCAUUAAAGACACCAGUGAAAGGCCAGCUGCAUGCGGUAUCACUGGAGCAUUACUAUUUGCUGUUUUUCGUGGUAAAGUUGCUGAAGGUAUCGAUUUUAGCGACAAUGAGGCUCGAGCUGUUCUCACGAUUGGCAUUCCAUAUGCAGUCCAAAGUGAUCCUAAUGUCAAAUUGAAACGCGAGUAUAAUGAUCAGAAUCGCAAUAAAGGUUUACUACCUGGUGGUGAGUGGUAUUCUGUCCAGGCUUAUAGGGCGCUUAAUCAGGCACUUGGUCGAUGCAUCAGGCAUAGAAACGAUUGGGGAGCGAUUUUACUUGUUGACGAAAGAUUAUUAACGUCAUAUUCUGCUAGCUACCUGCCUAAGUGGAUACGAGAAAUGAGGCAAAAUGGAAGCAAUUACAACUUGAAGGAGGAGCUGAAAGCGUUUGUUAGCAGACAACAAAUUAAUGAUAAAGAGAGAGCUGCAAAGUGAACUACGUCUUUCGUGCCUGUCAAUCACAUUUUAGAUGAUAUUUUUUAUAUAUACAGCUCAUGAACUUCUACAAGUAUAUCCAUUUCUAUUGAUUAUUUAUUGAUUACAAUAUUAUUUACUUUAAUGUUCUGUGUUUUCUUUUGGAUAUGUCUAUUUCAUAUUGAAAGAAGUUUUCCAUUGUAUUAAGAAUA